CUAAAAAUAAAUGUUUUCUUGCGAUAGAUUUUACUCCAGAUCUAUUAACCAAAUCAAGGAGAAAGAGGGCAAAAGUAAUACAACAAUACAGAUAUCAUACUGGGAUCCGGUGGCCAAUGAGGACAAGUACACACUCGUGAAGGUGACCAACCGGUGCACCACAACCGACGCCAUACAGUCGGCGAUCGAUGAGUUCAAAUGCGACGGUCCGGUCGACGACUACCAACUCUGGGUGAAGACAUCACGCGAUGACACACCCUAUCCGCUGAUCGGACACGAGUACCCGUUUGCCAUUAAGAUGAACUUCGUGCGGGAUCUGCUCCACCGAUCCAAUCUGGACCUCCAGAACUUUAACAACAUCGCCGCUGACAACAAGUGUAUAUUCAUAUUGAGGCGAUCGUAUCCCAAGAACUCUACCGGCGCUCUACUCGACAAUAGCGCCAAGAAGUCGAAGAAUAAGAGGCGACCAAUCAAUUGGCGGCCAUUCAAGAAGAUCAGUAUUAAGACUAGCGGCGGCGGAGGCGAUGUCUCCCUCGAUAGUGGUAUAUCUACGAGCGAGCCCUCCACGCCCACCAAACCGGGCAAAUUGUUUGGCCAACACUUGGACCUACUGUGCAAUGGGGAACAGCUGCCAAAGCCUAUUAUGCUUAUGCUCAACGAGCUGUUCCAAAAGGGUCCGUUCACUGUCGGGAUAUUUCGCAAAUCGGCCAACGCUCGGGUCUGUAAGGAAUUCCGGGCCAAACUAGAGUCGGGCGACGAGCCGGACAUUACCGAAGUGCCCGUUAUGGUCAUCGCAUCCGUGUUCAAGGAAUUCCUGCGAUCCCUACCCGACUGUCUACUCCAGUCCCGUCUGUACCCCCAGUGGAUCGACUCGAUCGGUGUGGCCAACAAUCACGAGUGCCGGGAACGGGUGCAGCGGCUGUUGCAGUGUCUGCCGGCCAGCAAUAUGUUGCUAUUGAGGCACACGCUGUGCGCCCUCUGGUCUAUCGCCCAACAAUCGCCGCUCAACAAGAUGUGUCCGGUCAAUCUGGGCGUAUGCGUGGGCCAGAGUCUACUCACGCCCGCCCCCUUCGCCCAGACCGGUGUCCAUCCGCCCAACUCUCAGACCUGUGAAACGGGACGCCCACCUAAUAAUACCGGUGCCGAUGCAAAGGCCCGGCCAUUUCCCGAUAAGAGUGUACUUCAUUGUAAAGGGGAAAUGUCAAAACAAGUGCCAAAACUAAUCGCAUAUCUCAUCGACCACUGCCCGGACCUGUUUGGCGAGCAAACUGUGCGCCUAUUGGGCACUCCCACGGCUGACCACGAGCUACACCUCAGCUCAUCGUCACGUCAGGACUCGGGCGCCGAAGAGUCGGACAGUUUGAACAGUUUGCCCGACAGUAACGGCGCCCACAGCUCCGACCCGGACAGCAGCGCCGGAAGCAGUAGCUCUAGCGGUGGACGCAAUCAUCGGUGCGACGACUCGUCCAUCGACAGUCUGGAGAGGGCUCUGAUGGACGACUCGGUGGCGCGGGUCAGCCCCGGAGCCGUUGUCAACGGCUUACUCGACGGGCGCCCAGUGAACGCGUUGGCCAACAAGAUGUCGCUGUCGAACCUGUCGCGCGACUCCGGCCUAACCCUAUCGGACACCCAAUUGUAUACACCGGACGAAGACGAAGAGUGCGGCGACGAUUUGGAUCAGUUCCCUACGAUCGGCGGCGCAGCCAAUGGCCAGUCGUAUCACCGCAAGACGUCCAGUCCGUUGGCAUAUCAUCCGCCAUACCUGACGAAGUCUGUGCCCCAUUUGGAUCAAACCGGUCUCGACUCCGACCUAAACGUGACGUUCAGUUACGGCCGAUCGCAUGGCGUCAGUAUCGACGGCUCCUGUCAUGAUGUGGUGAUGCGAAAGCGCCGUCACCUUCAGGGCGUCCACAGCGCCGGCAAUACCGGCCACUACUCCACAGCCGGUGAUUAUAUCGCGCGCAACGCCCGCAACAGCACCGGCAGCCAACUUAACGGCCAGUCUUCGGCCCAAACCUAUCACAAUCAUCACCAGACAAACGCCAAUCAAAGACAUAAUCACAACAAUAACAAUAACUAUUACCGACAGUCGUCGCAGCCCUCGUCGUCGGCGCUCAACGGCGCCGGACAUCAUCACCAUCUCUAUCAUCAGUAUCACAGCAACGGCUAUCACCACCACUACACCGGUCCCCAUCAUCAGCACCCGCACCAACACAUACCCAUCCACUACUCCAAGUCAUACAGUUAUGGCAUUAACGGCGACGACCUUCAACUCGGCUCCUCCUCUGCCGACGAUCACCAGUCGAUGGACAUCAACAACGGUUCCGCCGAUGACUGUCAUCGGGAGUAUCGAUACCGGAGGCCACCGUUGGCCGCAGUGCUCGGCGGGGCGCCCGUCCAUAACGGCUAUCACGAGCAUCACGUGUCGGCCCCCUAUCUUCGCCGCAGCUCUUCCGAGGAGAGUCUGAUCCGUACCGGUUAUGACACCACCGAUGGCGAGACCAAUGGCUAUUCGCUGGCCUUACAGUACGCGACGCCCGGCCGCCAGUCAUACGGCAGUCAACAGCAGAGCAAGUAUUACAGCAAUAAUAAUAAUCAAUACAACGGCGGCCACAAUACCGGCGCCAAUCAGGUGACACUUCGGGCCGAUGUUCAUCACUAUAACGGCAAUAACAACGUCACCACCGGUGCCACCAAUGCUAUCGGACCGCGCGUCCAAUCGGCCGUCAAUCUGUCGGCACCCAAUCGGGUGACCAGUAUCUGCAGUAACGGCAGCUCAUCGGAGACGGCGUCCCAGCGCUCGUCCCUAUCGUCCGGCAAACAGUCGUCGACAAACUCGUCCGUCCGUAACGGCUCGGCGGGAGUGGCCGCGUGUCCGCCCAGUUAUCACGAGGCCAUGACUCGCAAAGAGAUGCUCUGUCGGGCGCAGAGUAACGGCGCCCUCAACACCACCGCCACAGGCAAUACGUCCGGCGCUAUCGCCAUGAGAAAGGCGUCGUCGGCGUCCACUUCGUCGGCCAACUCAGCGCACAUUUACGAAGAGUCGGUCCGUAUUUAUAACUCAGACCUCGACAACAAGCGGACGGUAACGGCUAGAGCCGUACCCGUCAGGGUGUCCGGCGAUGGCAUCGGCGCCAACAGCGCUACUAAUAGCGAGCAGCUGUUGCAACACCGCCUGUCGGCGCCCGUGGGCUCGUCCGCCGUCACCACCGCUCAGACACUGCCUCAACAGCACCGACACGUGCAUCGAGUGGUCAGCGAAUCCGUGGCCAACAAUAGCAACGCCCGAAACAUUGUCCACAUAACUGCUCAACAAAAUAAUAAUACUAAUAAUCAGGUGAACCGUCACAACAGCACAUCCCUGUCGGCCUCAUCGCAGCCGCACGUUCUCCAGAGAAGUGCCAAAGACUUUACGCCCGAAGAGUGGCGAAAGGAUAUCAACGGCGGCUGCAAAGUGGCCACACUUCGCAAACUGUUCACCAAAGCCACCAGCGGUGGUAACAACAGCACCGGCAACACGUCCUCGUCGUCCCAGUCGUCCACCCCGUCGUCGCAGAGCCCGGCGUCGGUUGUGGUCGACAACAACACGUACAACAUAUACGUCCGCCAGACGUCUCGGCCCGUGUCGGUGCUCAUCGAGAGUCAGGCCAAACACACGACCGCCGGUCAGACCAAACAGCGACCCAUCAGUAUUCAAGAGAUCACUAAUUAUGAUAAUAAUUAUAACACAAACUAUAAGGACAGUCAAGUGUCCAAAGGUGUGACUGUAGUGCAAGUGAGACACAACACCGCCGGUGCUAACGAUGGCCACACUCUCGGCCACAAGAGGGCCGACUCCGUGGGCAACAGCUCUUCCGAAGAGGAGUCUUAUGAAUUCCGGGCCAAACUAGAGUCGGGCGACGAGCCGGACAUUACCGAAGUGCCCGUUAUGGUCAUCGCAUCCGUGUUCAAGGAAUUCCUGCGAUCCCUACCCGACUGUCUACUCCAGUCCCGUCUGUACCCGCAAUGGAUUGACUCGAUUGGUGUGGCCAACAAUCACGAGUGCCGCGAACGGGUGCAGCGGCUGUUGCAGUGUCUGCCGGCCAGCAAUAUGUUGCUAUUGAGGCACACGCUGUGCGCCCUCUGGUCUAUCGCCCAACAGUCGCCGCUCAACAAGAUGUGUCCGGUCAAUCUGGGCGUAUGCGUGGGCCAGAGUCUACUCACGCCCGCCCCCUUCGCCCAGACCGGUGUCCAUCCGCCCAACUCUCAGACCUGUGAAGACUAUGCAUACAAUAGACGGGACGCCCACCUAAUAAUACCGGUGCCCAUCCAAAGGCCCGGCCAUUUCCCGAUAAGAGUUAAAGAAAAUUACAAGUAUAGUAUACUUCAUUGUAAAGGGGAAAUGUCAAAACAAGUGCCAAAACUGAUCGCAUAUCUCAUCGACCACUGCCCGGACCUGUUUGGCGAGCAAACUGUGCGCCUAUUGGGCACUCCCACGGCUGACCACGAGCUACACCUCAGCUCAUCGUCGCGUCAGGACUCGGGCGCCGAAGAGUCGGACAGUUUGAACAGUUUGCCCGACAGUAACGGCGCCCACAGCUCCGACCCGGACAGCAGCGCCGGAAGCAGUAGCUCUAGCGGUGGUCGCAAUCAUCGGUGCGACGACUCGUCCAUCGACAGCCUGGAGAGGGCUCUGAUGGACGACUCGGUGGCGCGGGUCAGCCCCGGAGCCGUUGUCAACGGCUUACUCGACGGGCGCCCAGUGAACGCGUUGGCCAACAAGAUGUCGCUGUCGAAC